AUGCGGACCAGCUUCACCGACGCACAAGACAAACGAAUUGUAGCGCUUGCACUCGAGUAUGAAUCCCAACACAAGCGAGUAGAGUGGAAGGAGGUGGCGCGGGCCAUGAGGAGUAAACAUUCUGUCCAAGCGUUUGAGAACCGGCUGCGUGCUCUGAAGCGCACGUAUGGACGUGAUCUAUCAAGAUUUCCACCGUCUGAAAGCGCUAUCCGCGAUAUCUUCAGCAACGUUUCGGCCGCGGACGUUCGUCAACAAGCGGGAAAGACGGAUGAGAACGCAGGUGAGAUGCUGCCUGCCGCUAUAUCAAGCGUGAUUCAAAUGAUUGGAGCUGUGCAUCGAGACGACGUCUUUCUUAAAAUUGGUGCUGGCCUGGGGAAUGUUGCGGCGCAGUUUGCGAUUCAGACGAUUGCACGCCGAUGCUUGGGAAUCGAGAAAGGACCGGAGGUUUUUCUUCGAGGUGUUCAUUGUUUGCGAGAGCAUACACCAAGGCUACUAUUACUCCACAAAGUGUUUUUGAGCCAAGGAGACGUUCUUGAUACGCCACUUUCGUCGCGUUUACCAUUUCAGCGUGCAUCAAUAGUUUUUCUAAACGAUUUCCUGUUUGAUGAAUUAGCAAAGCUGGCCGUACAAGAGCAGCUGUAUAUGAUGCCGAGAGUACAUUUGAUCGUUUCUACGUCUCGCUUUUGUCCUCGCCAUCGCGAUUCCUGCCGAAGAAGAUUUUGCUCCAAGUGGAGGCUCGCGAAAAUCACGUAUGGACGGGGUAGCUGGAAGUCUCCUCCAAUCCCAAUUUACAUGUACACGACUGUCCAGUGA